GUGGGAGACUCAGUCGCGUCCCAACUUUCGGACCGUGCACACCACGCCCCCCCUUCCACAUCGCCCGCGCAACAACACAACAUUGGCCAGCAGCGGGUUUUUUUUUCGGGGGGAAUGCUACUCAUCAUUACUCAACAGUGAUUGUGGGGCCGUGAAAUGUAUUCAAACCCGAAACAAAAUGUGUGUAACGGAGAGUGUCGAGUGUUGGGACGGUUCUCAUCAUGUUGUUGUGUCACGUUUUAUUGAGACUGUCGUGUAGGUGACCGGUUUUUGAUUUGGUUAUUUCCCCCCCCCCCUUGUGUGACAGCAGCGGGUGGCCGAUAUGGCGCAUGCGGAACUUGAUGCCACAACAAUCACCAGCAGCAGCAGCAGCAGCCCGCAGACCACCAGUUUCAUAUCGUCCUAUUCUCCGCCAUCGGCGGCGGCGGCGAUCCUCGCCAGUGCUUCAACGCAACAGAUUCAACAGUCUCUGCAAUCGUCGGCCCAAUCCGCUAGGAGCUGCGGCGGAAGCAACGUUGCCAUUGCAUUGCAGCAGCGACGAAAGACCGUUUACUUUACAGUCGGCCAGCGUCAAGAAGUGGCCAUCUUCGAGGACUACACGCCUUCCGAAGACAUUAAAAGUUUGUUUAGUAGUGCAGCCGAAGCCGGUCCUCACGACAUUCUCAAGAUGUACACACCCGAGGGAUCGCUCGUCAACAUUUCCAACCGGCUCGAAAGUAACCGGCCCGACGCUCCCUAUCGGCUCGAAUUGGUUGCCGCCCAUUUCAAUCAAGGAUCGUUGCCCGAGCAAUUGAGAGCUGAACUGGCCCUGCUGGAAGAAAGGGUCUCGGAUUUGGAGCGGCGGAUGCACGACCUGGCCUCCCUCUACCCGCAGGACGUCCAAGCCAUGCGGGACGAAUUGGAACAGCACAAACAAAUUCUCGGGUUGUGCAGAGCUGGAACCACAUUCCGGCACGCUGGAAUGGGCCGUCCUUAUUGGAACAGACACAAAGCCCGUCGGAAAUCCGAGUCGGAGAAACGACUCGUCUGCGAGAAAUAUCUUUACAUCAGCACAAUGACAUUGACGGAAGAGAUCCGGCGCUGCCUGCGGAUGCCAACAUUCGAUAAUUGGCAAUGGGAGGACGAGGAGAUCCUGCUGCUCCUGCAGCAAAUGUACGUCGAUUUGGAUUUGCUGAGCAAAUUCGACAUCGACCUCGACGUCCUGCGCAAAUUCCUCUGUCAAGUUUACAUGAACUACAACGAGGUGCCGUUCCACAAUUUCCAGCACUGCUUCACCGUCAGUCAAAUGAUGUACGGCAUCAUUUGGUGCCUGGAUUUACCAGACAAAAUCGGCGACCUGGAAACGCUGAUCCUCUUGACUUCCUGCAUAUGCCACGACCUCGAUCAUCCGGGAUUCAACAACAUUUAUCAGAUCAACGCCAGGACGGAGCUGGCCCUGCGCUACAAUGACAUUUCGCCGCUGGAAAAUCACCACUGCUCGGUGGCGUUCAACAUUUUGGAAGAUUCGACGGCCAACAUUUUCCGAUCCUUCACGGCCGACGUCUACAAAAGCGUCCGCGAGGGAAUCAUCCGCUGCAUUCUGGCGACCGACAUGGCCCGUCACAACGAGAUCCUCAACCAGUUCAAUCAAAUCGCCCCCAUCUUUGAUUACGACAAUCGAGCCCACAUCAAUCUGCUGUGCAUGGUGCUGAUCAAAGUGUCGGACAUUUCGAACGAAGCCAGGCCGAUGGAUGUGGCCGAGCCGUGGCUGGAUUGCCUCCUGCAGGAAUUCUUCGAGCAGAGCGACCGCGAGAAAAUGGAAGGCUUACCCGUCACGCCUUUCAUGGACCGGGACAAGAUCACCAAACCGUCGUCCCAAUGCUCCUUCAUCGGAUUCGUUUUGCUUCCGCUCUUCGAGGCCAUCGGUCGCCUUUAUCCCGAACUAGACAAUUUAAUAGUCAAUCCAGUCAGAGAAGCUUUGGAUUACUAUCGAAAACUGAACGAAGCUUCACGUCGCAAUCUGGAGCAGCCGGCGAGUCCGACGCCGCUGGCAACUUCAGUUUCAUCCGCCGCCCACGACUGCGUCCAGGAAAAGGAAGCGACUCCAUCCUCCACUGAUGAAUCCACCGGCAGUCAGCAGCGAUCCAAAGCAUCACACCAACUCAUCCAGCAACGCAGCGCGACCAGCAUUGAAGAUGAAAGGAAAAACAGUCUGCAGAUGGAUCAUCCGUUGAUAGUUGGCGCAGUCCCGACGACCCCCAUCAGCCGAGAAAGGUCGCUCUCGCAAGAGGAAGAAAUCCGACGCUUCUCAUUCGGCCUCGAUCCCGACACGUUCACCGAAGUAGAAAUCUGCGAGAAAACGUUCUCGUUCAAAAUCAGCACGGACAUUAGACCGUUGCCGGGAUGGAGCAGCAGCAGUAGCGGCGGCGGAAUAGUAGGUGGCAACGGAAGUUGCCAAAACGGAAGACAGCCAUCAUCAGCCUUCCGGCGGGCAUCACUGGCUGUCAUGUCUGCUUCUCUUGCCGAGUCGGCCAGGAUUCUGGCCAGUGGGGUGGUGGCCGCCCGUAGUGCCACCAACAGUCCCACACAGUCAGGGCCGAGUGCUUAUCGGACCAUCCAGGAAGAGGAGGAUGAAAUCCCGCUGGACGUGCCCACGACAACCACCACCAGCACCACGACGUCGUUGACCAAUGGUGGAGUCUUCAGCAAAGAGAUGUCGGUCGAAUCGCCGUCGCAACACAACGGCCAGGGGUGCUGGACAGCAAACGAAAUCACGACCGCUUCAGCGCCAUUAGCCUCGACCGAGGACGUGACCGAUUCUUCAGUUGCCACUAAAGAAAAUUCUCCAGUUGAUCUGCCGGCCGAAUCCUCCAUCACGUCGUCGUCGUCGUCCUCCAAGGCCCGCGACAAUCCCCUCCUAAUUCGAUUGCGUCAAUGGACGGACCGAUUCGGUUUAAGUCCCGUCCGACCGGCCUCGGCCGAGCCGCCGGAAAACGGGAUCACAUCUGACGUACCCAAAUCGCCAAAAUUGCUCGGCUCCCGAAAAAUCGUCUCCACCAGUUUGUCCCGUCUCUUUAGUCGUUCGCCGUGUCACAAAGGAGCAGGUUCAGGCCAGCAGCAGCAGCAGCAGCAGCAGCAGCAAUCAGCAGCCAAUUUAGUUGCUGCCAGUAAAGAGUCGAAUCAUUUGCUGUUCCAGGAAUCUUCCACGAGUAGCCAUCGGUUGUGCAAAAACAACGUCACGGCAAUCUCAUCCGCCAGCGCGGAUGUGUCGCGCAGUUUAGACAACGUCACGACAGCCGCCGCCACCCACAUGAUGUCCGAUUCGACCAAUCAUCCCACCCAAAACGCUUAGAUCAAUGUCUCUCUCUCUCUCUCUGUAUUGUAUAUCUCAUUAAUGACGUAAAUUCAUUAAUGAAUAUUUAUUAUUUCCCCCUCUCCUUCGUCCAUUCAUUUUUCUCAGCUUCACUGUGGGAAACAAAUUAUAUAUUCAUCUGAAAUGUUUUUUCUCUCUCAGAAAUUGAUUGUCGUCACAGAAAAAAAAAACAGAAUCAAAUCUUUUGUUUCCAAAUCCAUCCCCCAACUCUUUUUUAAAACGAUGUUUUUUUGUUUUCAUUUGCGAAACGUUUGCCAACAUACGACCAUAUCCUUUCUCCUCCGUUGAAAAACAAAAUACGAUACAUAUAUAUAAAUUGAUAUAUAUAUAAAUAGACCUAAAUUUGAUCUGAUUGAAGAGGAAUAAAAAAAAAGGACAACUCGUAUCCACAUUUCUCGUCAGUGUAUGUAUAGAAUAACCAUUCAAAAGAGAUAGAGGAGUCGAUUGGGUGUGUCGUCACUGCGUCAAAAAAGAAAGAGGGAGAGAUUAAAAAGGGUUGGGAUGAAAAUAGAAAAUAUUCGGAAUUUUCGGGACACACACACACACGCAAAUAGACUUCGGUUGGCCAAUCCGUCACGAAAAAAAAACAAAAAAAAAACGAAAAAAACCCAAAGUGAAAAGAGAGGGGCGAAACACAUUUCUAAAUCCGCACACGAAAAAUGGUGGGGCGCUUGUUGUUUUUGGAAACAAAAUGGGAAAGAGAUGGGCACAAACGGGUUUUUUCUUGUUCUAAAAAAAGAUUGGGAAUUUUUUCUCUUUUCUGUCAAUAUAUAGCGUAAAUAGAGGAUCAACAAACUUUACAGGAUGUGUGUGUGUGCGUGUGAGUGGUGUACCACAAAAAAAUCUUUUUUCAUCUUUUCAAAAUUCCUAAAAACAGUUGAAACCCUCGCACACACACACGACACACACACACACACAGAGGCGCAUAAUAAUAAACCUACACAUUCAUUCUGUACACGGUGUGUUGGUAGUGGUGGUAGGAUAAUACGAAGACAGAGAAGGGGGGGGGAGGAUUCAAUUAUUUUUUCCAAUUUUCUAAGAUGAUGUCAAGCGGAGAAACAAAAGAAAUGGGAUGAAAAAAUCAUUUUGAUGGGAGACCACGAAACAAAAAGAAAACACUUUUGGGACAUUCAAAAUAGAUUGUAUGUUUAUAUAUAUAUAAUAUACCAUUUGCUAAACAACGGGGGGCGACAGAAAAUUAUUAUCAACAAUCUUGUCUUGUUGUUUUUUUCUUUUCUUCUUCUCUGAUUGGUUAGUGAAAAAGUAUUUGAAUUUGGGAGAGAGAGAGAGAGAGAGAGGGAAUUUAUAUCACUACGCCGAUAGUUAAUUAUUUGUUGUCUUUUCUUGUCUGCAUUUUGUCCCGCUCUUGCCCGUUACGCGCCGUGCGAACUCUUGAGCAAAAAUAAUUUGACCAUCUCUACGCGCGCGCGAUUCAAUUAAGAAAAUGGCUACAAAUUUUCCCAUAUCGACAAACUUGUUUUGUUUGUUUUAAAUUUGAAAAAAAGGG